GGAGAGAAACCUUCAGCACCUUGGACAGCGCACGCAGCACAAACAACAUGGCUCCGAUUACAGCCAACAGAGAAGAAUUUGAUGAAAUUCCAACUGUGGUUGGGAUCUUCAGUGCCUUUGGGCUGGUCUUCACCGUCUCCCUCUUUGCUUGGAUCUGCUGCCAGCGCAAAUCUUCAAAAGCCAACAAGACUCCUCCUUACAAAUUUGUCCAUGUGCUGAAGGGUGUUGAUAUUUAUCCGGAGAACCUCAACAGCAAGAAGAAGUUUGGUGCAGACGACAAAGGGGAAGCCAAAAACAAGCCUAUUAUGCCAAAGACAUCUCUGCAUCUUGACCUGGAGAAACAAGAUCUGAAUGGCAACUUCCCCAAAACAAUUCCUAAAGUACCAACUUCUUCAGAUGUUGAAGGCUUUACUCCAAAACUCUUUCCUGAGAGGGAAAAAGAUUCAGUAUCUCCUGACAGCUUGAAGUCAACCACCUCAAUAUCUUCCGAAGAAAAGCAAGAUAAAUUAGGGACUCUCUUCUUCUCCCUAGAGUACAACUUUGAAAAGAAGGCUUUCAUGGUGAACAUCAAAGAAGCAAGUGGUUUACCAGCCAUGGAUGAACAAUCAAUGACUUCUGAUCCAUACAUCAAAAUGACAAUACUGCCAGAGAAGAAGCACAAGGUGAAAACUCGAGUACUGAGGAAAACCUUAGAUCCAGCUUUCGAUGAAACGUUCACCUUUUAUGGAAUCCCUUAUGCUCAAAUUCAAGAUCUGAGUCUCCAUUUUAUGAUUCUGAGUUUUGACCGGUUCUCCCGCGAUGAUGUCAUUGGUGAAGUCCUAUUUCCCUUAUCAGGAAUUGAGUUAUCUGAAGGAAGGAUGCUGAUGAACAAGGAAAUCAUCAAGAAAAAUGUUAGGAAAUCUUCCGGACGUGGUGAAUUGCUGAUCUCGCUUUGUUACCAAUCUACAACAAAUACGCUCACUGUGGUUGUUUUAAAGGCGAGGCAUCUACCUAAGGCUGAUGUUUCAGGAUUAUCAGACCCUUAUGUCAAAGUCAACCUUUACCACGCCAAGAAACGGAUCUCCAAAAAGAAGACGCACGUCAAGAAGUGUACCCCCAACGCGGUGUUCAACGAACUCUUUGUCUUCGAUAUUCCCUGCGAAGGUCUCGAAGAGAUCAGCAUCGAAUUCUUAGUACUGGAUUCCGAUAGGGGGUCCCGGAAUGACAUCAUCGGCCGGUUAACCUUGGGGGCUUCGGCGGAAGGCACGGCUGGAGAACAUUGGAAGGAGAUCUGUGAAUAUCCCAGGAGACAGAUUGCCAAAUGGCACAUGCUGUGCGACGGCUAA